CGGUCCCCCGCCCCGAGCCAAUCCCGCCGAGGCGCCGAGGACGACCCCGGCCCUCCCCUCCCGCCCGCGGGGCCGGAGCUGCAGCCGGUGACCCGGCGAGAGGCGGUGCCGCUCCCAAGAUGUCGCAGACGGCCAUGUCCGAAACCUACGGCAGUGAUCUUCCUGAAGAUGAUGGACUUAAAUGUUCUUCAAGGCCUUUGCUUCUCCAGUGAGGAAGUAGUGAGAGAAAGCAGCACAGUAGGAGAGAGAGCAUGGUGUCUGUCUAUGUCGGCCAUACGCACACACAUUAGAAUCCCUUGUCUUCUUAGAAAAAUUGAAAUUUCUCUUGUCAUUUUGCAAACACGUCUUCAGACUUCCAACAUCAAAUGAAAUUGUCCCAAGAGCACUGUUUGGAAAACCACUGAAUUGACAUGUGAGCCAAAUAUCAAAAAAGGUGAAAAGAUUUUUUGUUUAAGUUCUUGGUUAUUGGAAAUGCAGGAACUGGCAAGUCCUGCUUGCUUCAUCAGUUUAUUGAAAAAAAAUUCAAAGAUGACUCAAAUCAUACAAUAGGAGUGGAAUUUGGUUCAAAGAUAAUAAAUGUUGGUGGUAAAUAUGUAAAGUUACAGAUAUGGGAUACAGCAGGCCAAGAACGAUUCAGGUCUGUGACGAGAAGUUACUACAGAGGUGCUGCAGGAGCUCUCCUCGUCUAUGACAUCACCAGAUGCCAGAAUGCUAGCAAGUCAGAACAUCGUGAUCAUCCUCUGUGGAAACAAGAAGGACCUGGACGCAGAUCGUGAAGUUACUUUCUUAGAAGCCUCCAGAUUUGCCCAAGAAAAUGAACUGAUGUUUUUGGAAACAAGUGCACUAACGGGGGAGAAUGUGGAAGAGGCCUUUGUACAAUGUGCAAGAAAAAUACUUAACAAAAUUGAAUCAGGUGAGCUGGACCCAGAAAGAAUGGGCUCUGGUAUUCAGUAUGGAGAUGCUGCCUUGAGACAGUUACGGUCACCACGUCGUGCACAGGCCCCAAGUGCUCAGGAAUGUGGUUGUUAGAAGCAGGAUGAGAGUAUACAGGUGUUCAUACAGUGGUAUUUGGGACAAUUGUUGGAGCUUGAAGAAGAAGUUUUUUUACCACCAUCUUUUUCUACUUUAUACAGAAGUAGAUAUUUGUGUGAAGAAAAAUAAUUUGGGGUGUUACACAAGCUAGUAGAUGUGGCACAGCAAAUCAUAUAACAAUAAAUCUCGUUAAAUGGACAGUACCAUUAGAUGUAUACAUGUAUGUAAAAAUUUUCUGUUCCAUAUUUCCCUUUCACUUUUGGUUUAAAUCCUGACUGUGUGCUGUAUAUAUACUCUUGCUCAAUACGUCUCCACAGCAUGGUAUCUUAUGUAGGAUAUGAUAGAAUGUUGCUCUAAAUGCAGUCUAAAAUUUUAUUUUUUUUAAUCAUAUGAACUGAAAUCUGUUAAUGGUGAGGUGUACUUUGAUCAUCAUGUCAGGUAUAUUGCACAGUUGGUUAUAUUUAUGACCUGAUAUUCAAAGACUGGCAUUGAUGGCCAGUGCAGUGCUUAUUUAAUUCCGUCUACCACAGUCCACACAGUGUUUACAUAAUCCACCCUUGAAAUACUAGAUCAGUAGUUACUCGUGUAUGGAAAUAAAAUGAAAAGUAAAGCUUUUCCAUGAACUUUACACUGUCCAGCACUCUGUUGAUUUUAAAGUAUCUUCACCCAGACCAAUUCAGGAAACAUAGCCUGAGUACCUGCUGUGUUUUAGGCACUGUGAUCAGCACCAAGGAUUCUGUUAUCUUUACCCAAACUUACUACUAAGGAAUUGAUUCUGCUUUCAGCUGUCUGUAAAUGCAAUGAACCGUGUAAUUUGGAGCUGCUCACCUGUUGCUGGUUUGCUGCUCUAUCUGGUCUCCCUGUUGGAAAACUUGUUUGUUACUGUGCUUUUCCUGGGAUUCAGUGUAUGAUGUCAUUGCUUCUUUUUUAAGUCUUUUAUUAUGUUUUCAUUUUAAGGAAGCCCACUAAAUGAAGUUAAUAUUAAAGGAAUACCACUCAUUAAGAAAUUUCUGUAUAGCUUUCGCUGAAUACUUAAAUGCCUUACUACAGUUAUCAAGUUGACAUGUUUUUAAUUCACCUAAGGUAUAUUGAAGUAUAAUAUAUAUUGUAUUACAAAGACUUGUUCUAAUAUUUUAAAAUGUCGAUGCAAAAAACAUGUAAUAGAACUUUUCUUUAAAGUUGAAAUACAGUAUUAUUUAAGGCUAAAUGGUUAAAAAGCAUUCUUCACCAUCUGUAUGUUCUUUCACUGUGACUUUUAGCUGCAGACUGAUUGGUAGAUUUCAUUGCCUUUCAGUUAGAAGCUGCCCACUGCUUUCGUUGUUUUAGUUAUCAACAGAGCACAGUGGCGCUACAAACUCUGGAAAGUGACUUGGAUAAAAAUAUCAGUAUGUAUCUGUUUUAGGUAUUUUUAAUUUUGCUUUUUUUAAUGCUUUGGAUAUCUUCUUUUGAAAAGUCAGAAUAUGAAGGAAAUACUCAGACUGAACUACUUCUUGGACCUCACUGGAAGAACGUUCGAUUCAAUGUCUCAUUUAUGGUAGUUUUGCAGACUGCUCAUUUUUGAACAGCUUUUUGCAUGGGAUAGAAGCAUGUCUAUUCUACCACAGUGGAUUAUUCAAAAGCAAGAAUUUUUAAAAUAAGAUGUUAAGUUGGUUUAUAAAUGAGCCUAUUAAUUAAACCACAGGUACUGCAUAUAAUUCCACAUCUUUUGACCAAUAAAAGUUGCUGGAGAACCAAA